AUCACUGUACAGCGACGCCGAGGCUUGUGUUCAGAUUCCAGAUUUCACCGCGUAGUGCGUAGUUUGUACUUACUACUAAGUUGUUCGUUUGUCGCCCGUCCAUUCAUACGACCAAAGACUUCAACAUCGACGACAUACGAAUACGCCUGCCGUUCCGCGUCCGUUCGUUUUGCGGUAGUUUCGACUUUUCGUCAUGGAUAAUCUGACCAUUGCAAACGGUGUGGGAGCUGCAGAACUUUCUACAGGGGCUAGCUUACUUUCAAGACCUGCUGAUGAGUAUGGAAAUGAUGGAAAAGUUGAAAUGAUGUGGGCCAUCAAAGCAUACGAGCAUGCAGAAAUAUAUUUUAAUUUGAUAUGUUCUGUUGAUCCAAAGUUAUUAAAAUUGACUCCUCAUGACGAAAAAAUUUAUAAAGAAUUUAGACGAUUAUUUCCCGAUCUUCAAAUAGAAGUUCUUGAUGAAGAGGAUGUGAAAAAUGAUUCAUCUAAAAUUAAAUGGAGGAGAUUCUGUGAUCUCUAUAAGAAUAUGGAAAACUACAAUUUUGGCACGUUAAUCAGAAAGGAUGUACAUGGAGAUUAUAGUGAAAGCAACAGCUUUAUAGUUAUAAGAAUACAGUUUUAUGCUAUUGAACUGGCAAGAAACCGAGAAGGAUUAAACGAUAUUCAUUUUAUUAACAAUAUUUAUGAUAAGGAAGACUUUGAACCAUAAAUAUAUGUAUAUUAUUAUAUAUAC